AUGAAGGUCGCAGUACUCGGUGGAACCGGCGAGACUGGAACUUCCAUUAUGAAUGGACUGCUCUCCUCGCCUGAGACGAAAUACGAGAUAACUGCGCUUAUCCGACCGAGCUCGCUUGAGAAGCCAGAGGUCAAAGCUUUAGAGAAGAGGGGCGUCAAGAUUGCCACAGUAGACCUGAGCGGACCCGAAGAUGAAAUCGCGAAUCAGCUUACCGGUCAUGAGGUGGUCGUCUCAGCCAUUGUGGCAGACAAGCUGCUCGACCAAAUCCCCCUCGCCAAUGCGGCUAAGAAAGCGGGGGUAAAGCGAUUCGUCCCCUGCUUCUUUGGGACGGUGAUGCCCGGCAGGGGCAUGUUAUGGUUCCGAGAUCAGAAAGAGGAUGUCUUAAACCAUAUCCAGACUAUCUACCUCCCGUACACGGUCAUCGAUGUUGGCUGGUGGUACCAGAUCAGCUUGCCCCGUCUGGCCUCGGGACGGAUUGACGCAGUCGCGAGCCCAUUUGACAACUGGAUCGCUGGAGAUGGAAGCGUUCUCUCUGGUAUGACUGACCUCCGCGACGUUGGCAAAUACGUCGCCCGCAUCAUUGCGGACCCACGGACCCUGAAUCACAGAGUCUUCGCCUUCACCGAACUCAUGUCCCAGAAUGAAGUAUACGAUCUGAUUGAGAAGAUGAGUGGAGAAAAGGUUGAGAGAAGAUACAUGUCGGCUGAUGAGAUUGAGGCUGCGAUGGUCAAGGCGAAGGAUGACAAGGCCAACCCUCAUAGGCUAUCGGUUUUACAAUAUCGGAAAUCGUGGGGCCUCCGAGGAGACAACACGCCGGAGUACGUGCGAUACCUAGGAUAUCAAAUCGCCAAGGAUCUGUAUCCUGACUUAACGGGAAAUUCGUUUGAGGCUUUCUGCGGCGAGGCUCUGGAGGGCAAGGUCAACUCCAUCUACGAGAAGAAGAAGCGUGAGGCCAUGGAAGCAGCUGGUAAAAAGUAA